AUGCCUUCCGCUGCUUGCUUGCGCUCGCUCCCUCCUCCUCCUCUCGCCGCUCUCACGGGCGGCACCAAGGGACCCUCCCCAGCUUCCCUCUCCCUACGCCCCUCUGCCAGCACACCUCCAGGCCGGCAGCAGCAGGGAGCACGGAGGAACAGUGGUAGCAGCGUGGCGAGCGGGAGAGGCGAGUGGUGGGAUGACGCACGGCCUGGGCUGGCCCUGCUGACCGCUGCCCUCGCCCAACCUGCCCUCGGCCAAGGCAGCAUCGAACGAAGAAUCGAGCGUCAAUGGGAUUGCGUGUCUGCAGCGACAGGAGCAGGAGGAGAGCAGUGGUGUUUCAUUAUCUUCUACUCUUUUUCCGUCGUUCCUCUCCCCAUUGUCUCCCCGCCCUCUUUUGCCUCGGCAGGAUGCAAGGAGGCAAGGAGAGGGGCAAGGUGCGAGUGGAAGCAUGGGCAUCUCACCUGUUGCUGGGUGUCUGGCGAGUGGCGAGGAAGGAUGCAAGGAGGAGGCAAGGAGGAGGCAAGGAGGCAAGGAGGCAAGGAGAGAGGCAAGGAGGAGGCAAGGAGGAGGCAAGGAGGAGGCAAGGAGGCAAGGAGGCAAGGAGGAGGCAAGGAGGAGACAAGGAGGAGGCAAGGAGGCAAGGAGGAGGCAAGGAGGAGGCAAGGAGGCAAGGAGGCAAGGAGAGAGGCAAGGAGGAGGCAAGGAGGAGGCAAGGUAGAGGCAAGGAGGCAAGGAGGAAGCAAGGAGGAGGCAAGGAAGCAAGGAGGAGGCAAGGAAGCAAGGAGGAGGCAAGGAGGAGGCAAGGAGGAGGCAAGGAGGAAGCAAGGAGGCAAGGAGGAAGCAAGGAGGCAAGGAGGAGGCAAGAAAGCAAGGAGGCAAGGAGGAGGUAAGGAGGCAAGGAAGCAAGGAGGCAAGGAAGCAAGGAGGCAAGGAAGCAAGGAGGCAAGGAAGCAAGGAGGCAAGGAAGCAAGGAGGCAAGGAAGCAAGGAGGCAAGGAAGCAAGGAGGCAAGGAAGCAAGGAGGCAAGGAAGCAAGGAGGCAAGGAAGCAAGGAGGCAAGGAAGCAAGGAGGCAAGGAAGCAAGGAGGCAAGGAGGCAAGAGGUGGUUUCUUGGGCUGCUGAGAGCACUGCUAUUUCAAGGAGCAAGGAGGCUGAGGCACGACAAGGAGAAGCAGACGGCAGAGAGGAGGCUGCUGCACCUGUGGACGGCAGAGGGGAGGCUGCUGCACCUGUGGACGGCAGAGGGGAGGCUGCUGCACCCGUGGACGGCAGAGAGGAGGCUGCUGCACCCGUGGAUGGCAGAGAGGAGGCUGCUGCACCCAUGGACGGCAGAGAGGAGGCUGCUGCACCUGUGGACGGCAGAGAGGAGGGUGCUGCACCUGGGGACGGCAGAGAGGAGGCUGCUGCACCCGUGGACGGCAGAGAGGAGGCUGCUGCACCCGUGGACGGCAGAGAGGAGGCUGCUGCACCCAUGGACGGCAGAGAGGAGGCUGCUGCACCUGUGGACGGCAGAGAGGAGGGUGCUGCACCUGGGGACGGCAGAGAGGAGGCUGCUGCACCCGUGGACGGCAGAGAGGAGGCUGCUGCACCCGUGGACGGCAGAGAGGAGGCUGUUGCACCUGUGGACGGCAGAGAGGAGGGUGCUGCACCUGGGGACGGCAGAGAGGAGGCUGCUGCACCCGUGGACGGCAGAGAGGAGGCUGCUGCACCCGUGGACGGCAGAGAGGAGGCUGUUGCACCUGUGGACGGCAGAGAGGAGGCUGCUGCACCUGGGGACGGCAGAGAGGAGGCUGCUGCACCGUUCACAGGGAGCGGAGGAGGGGUGAAGAGGAGGCGAGCAGAGGAGGCGAGCAGAGGAGGCGAGCAGAGGAGGUGA